AUGAUAUUUUACAAAUUAGCCCUUCAACGUGACACCAGCAAAUAUUAUCAUUUUCGAGAUGAAGAUGAAAAACAUGGUCAAUCAGUGAUAUUACUUGGGAAAUUUACCGAGGAUGGUCACAAAAAAGCCGUGGAGGUUGCGAGACUUGUCUUUGGUGUGACCCACGAGAAUGCUGUUCGAGUCAAUCUUCUCAAUGAACGGUGUCGAGAUUCUGUGCAGUGGGACCGUACUCUUCUGUGUGAGUUCACCGAGCGAUGGUUUACUGUCAUGUGCGGCUCUGUAAACAAACCUCUCAACAAAUCGGAUCUUGGAAUCCUUGGUAAGCGGUUUUCGAACACAAUGAUUUCUAUUAAUGGCAAGGAAGAUUGGAUGGCGCAUGAACAAUUAAAAGCUGAAAAGUUCUGGGUAUGGUUGGCUGCAAGAACUUACAAACUCAAUCUCCGCAAGGAAAUAUCUAACGUACAAGACGCUCGAUUCGAAAGCUAUCACUAUCUUCUGGAACAAUGGCUCGACGGUGAAAUACGUCGCCUUUAUCAGGAUGAUACAAAUUUUGAUCAUACUCGUGAUCUCAAGAUACAUCAUGAAUUGAAAUCCUUUGACAUACAGAAAAAAGAAUGGGAGCUCAGUAAAAGCAAAUCUAAACUCUCGCGCCUAGUCAAAGAACUGCUUCGCGAUGGACACUCAAACCUUGAGACAACGCGGGGGGAACUACUUGUUCAAGCGAGAGGUGCGAUGAGCAAAGCGGUGUGUUUGGCUAAUGCCGGUGACGGCUACAGUGAUUCCCUUGAAUUUGCUGAUAAAAUGCUAAAAUUAAAUGGAACUUCACGUGAAGCAUGGUUGGGGAAACUUCUGUUUGAAUUGUCUGCUUUAGCGCUUCUUGACACAUCCCGCCACUACUUGCAACCUACAGCGUCCGAGUUGAAAAAGGGCGAACGACAGGCCCCAGAAGCUCUUGAUAAACUAGAUAAAGAGCGCAAAGAAUUUCUAGCAACAAUUUCACAUAAACCUUCCAAAUCGCCGAGUAAUUGGCGGUAUGACCUAUACGAACGUAUAGACGACGAUCUUAAAAACAAAACCGGUAAAGACAGGGAACAUCGAGCGUUAAAAAAUCAAUGGGAAAAUGCGAAAUCUGAUUAUAAAACCCUUGAAAGAUGUUUGAAAUUUUGUUAUAAUCUAUUGCCACCUUCACAUACAGGUCGUGAGAGGUCACCUGAAAUCUCUCAAACGCAUUCUCCUCGAGGACGAAGCAAUGAAAAACGAGAUUCAGAAUCAGACACAGCGUCUCCUUCGAGGAAGCCAGUAUCUACCCCCAAACGACGUCCCCAAGAUGUGACUGAUAGUUCUUCAUCGAAACCCACACCUCCUGCGAGACAUCACUCUCGAUAUUCUCGAGACGACGAUUUCAGUGACUCCUCAGUUUCUGAGGCGUCUAUGCCUAUACAGAAAAAACGUGGGAUAAAAAAGGUGAUGAAUUUGGUUCAGAAGCCAGGGUCUAGAGGAAGAUCGAAAGACAGAACACCGCUUUUGAAAUAA